AUGAAUAUACUUAAAUCAAGAACUAGUGGUGUGGAAGAAAUGAUGGUGACCAAUGAUAUGGGUCACCCCAAUUAUAUUCCUGGUACUUUCAAUAUUUACGAAACAGGUGAACAUGAUAGAAGUAUUUCCAAAAAUGAUUCUGGUGUUAUUUUAGUCCCCCAACCCACUGAAUCAGUCAAUGAUCCUUUGAACUAUAAACCUUGGAGAAAGAUCAUGAAUUUAACCGUCCUUUGUUUCCUUACGGCUUUUACUGCCGCUACUUCCAAUGAUGCUGGUGCCACUCAAGAUUCACUUAACGAAGAUUACAGCAUUUCCUACGAUCUUAUGAAUAAUGCCGCUGGUAUUUUAUUCCUUGCUAUAGGUUUCAAUACUUUCAUCAUGGCUCCCUUGUCUGCAUUAUAUGGUAGGAAAUUACAAUACAUCAUCUGUAUAGUUUUUGGUUUAAUAGGUUCUAUUUGGAUGGCCAACAUCAAAAGACCAAGAGAUGCUUUGUGGAAUCAAUUAUUUGUAGGUGCAAGUGAAAGUUGUGCUGAAGCUGCUGUGCAACAAAGUUUAACUGAUAUUUAUUUCCAACAUCAAUUAGGUCAUAUGUUGACUUAUUAUAUUUUGGCAACAUCCGUAGGUACUUACUUAGGUCCAUUAAUUGCUGGUUAUAUCAGUGGUGAUGUUGGUUGGGCCUGGGUAGGUUGGGCUGGUGCUAUCAUAUCAGGUUUUGCUCUUGUUUUAAUUGUUUUCUUCAUGGACAAUACUCAAUUCGACAGAAGAAAAUAUUCUAAACCAAAACCUGAUGGUGAAGUUGAAGAUAAUGUCAAUAAAAAAGAAACUGCUUCUGAAGAAAAUGUCAAUAUCACUUUAACUUACCAAGGUUCUAUUGUCUCAGAUAAUGGUGCUAGUGAACCAAUGAAUAGUUAUUGGUAUGACAAAACUCUUUUCAGAAAAGCUCCACAUGUUGUUGGUACUGGUUUCAAACAAUAUUGUAAAAUUUUUUUCACAUCAUUAAGAGUCUUUGCCUUUCCUGGGGUGAUUUACUCCGGUGUUGUUUGGGGUUUACAAUCUGCUUUAUUAACUUUUUAUUUGACUGUCGAAGAUGAUCAAUAUUAUGAUCCUCCUUAUAGUUAUAGUGAUGCUGGUGUGGCUAUUAUGAAUGUUCCUUGUCUUAUUGGAGCUGUUUUUGGUUGUGUUUAUGCCGGUGUUGUUUCUGAUUGGUUCAAUCUUUGGAUGUCUAGAAGAAAUAAUGGUAUUCAAGAAGCUGAAAAUAGAUUAUAUUUCUUAUUUUUAUCAGGAAUUAUUGGACCUAUUGGUUUGGUUUUAUUUGCUGUUGGUACUGAUCAAGUUUGGUCUUGGUUCCCUACUUAUUUGGGUUUGGUUUUCAUUGGUUUCGCUUUUGGUGCUUCUGGUGAUGUUGCUUUAGGUUACUUAAUGGAUGCUUAUCCUGAUACCGUUAUCGAAAUGAUGGCAGGAGUUGCUGUCAUCAAUAAUAUCAUUGGUUGUGUUUUCACCUUCGCUUGUUCUCCAUGGUUAGAAGCUAUGGGAAAUACUAAAACUUUCAUCAUUUUAGCUGUAAUCGAAUUUGUUGUUGCAUUCUUUGCUAUUUUCUUUAUUUGGUAUGGUAAAGCAAUCAGAAAAAAGACCACCAAAAUGUACAUUAACUACUGUAAACUUAGAGAUUCAAUUUAG